CGCGCUGUGGCGUUCAGUUGUUUUACAAUCGCGUCCGUUCGGCGCGGUUUUGAUGCCAUCAGCCCAGCCGGCUCUCGACCAAGCGCCGAUAUUCACCGUUACUUCACUCAAAACAAAUGCAAUUCGUUGACUCGCGUUUCGGGGACCGCACCGCUCGCUCGCCGCUCUAAACAAUCGACGAUCGCGCUGGUUUCGGACAGUGUGCGCGCCUCCAUGUAAACAAACGACCGCCGGGGUGGACCGCAAUUGUUUUUCGCGGCGUGCACGAUUUCGGAUGCGCUUCUUGUGGACGUUGUCAGCGUUUGACGAGGGAUUCUUUUUUAUCGAGGGCUCAGGAGCAGCGAACAGUGCCCCAGUACGGUGGUGUUCCUUUUAUCGUAUUUUAAGUGCUUAGUAAGUCUAAUUUUAAGGCGGCUGACCUGAUUUUUUGCUGGAUUAUUUUUAUUUGGACGUGUGUUGACAAAUAUAUUACUGUGAAGGGAAGUGCGUACGGCUUGUAGUGUUCAGUGUUUAUUUUCAGUGGCUUUUCUUAUUGGAUUACUAUUUAUGGAUUUAUUUACAUCGACGGAUGGACGGAUUAAGAUUUAAAAAAAAUUGGCGUACAUGUGUUGGAAAAGGUUCGACAUACAUCGCGACGUAUCAAGGUCCCUUCUAAAGCUGUACUACGACCCGAGAAUAGGCUAGCCAGCAGCGGCGUAGCAGGGACUCAUUUCCGGGCAGCCCAGAGAGCACACUGAGGAUCCCGCUGGUCCCUCGGCCACACAGUGGCGGGGACGCACGUCCUGGGGGCCCAGUCGCCCAUGUCGUUGGCGAUGCCAUUUAUCGACAACGACCUACUAUGGAGUUCCGAUCACGAUGGUAAAAUGGUCGACCUUUCGUCUUGCCUUCAAGAUGCCUCCGUGGCCAUCGGCCAACAGAACGCCGCCACCGGAACCACUGGGGGCGCUUUGGGUGAAUUGUCUCAGUCAGAUCUCAGUUCCUUAGUGCCGCCAAUGCCGGAAGGCCACAUGCCCGACACUGACGACAUCUUCAAGCACCUCUCCGACACCACCGCCAUCGAAAUCGAGAACAUCCUCAGCGAGUUCAGUCAGACGACGUACAUCAAGCAAGAAGAAAACAACAACGUGCCGAACGGCAACAGCGAGGACUCCGUGAGCAGCUCGAAUCUGGUACACAAAAGCGCGCAGGUGAUGCUGUCGGAGAUGAGGAAGUACAAUAUCGCGGCCGCGAACCCCAUCCUGGCCGAGAAGCUAUCCACUCCGAGCGAGCAGAACCUGCAGGGUCACGGUUCGAACGGUAGGCCACAGCUGGCGCCACUGACGCCGAAAAUCGAAAAAG